AUGGCGGCGGCAGGGAGUUCAUCAUCUCAACAAGAUUCAGCUUUAUUAAACACUCGUUUUUGUUUAAAUGAUAUUGACAAAGGCGAUGUUUCUUUUGCUAAAACAUCUAACUCUCAUGUUGACAUCUCUGGUAUUUGUUCAAGCAUUACAGCAAAUAAUUUAAAAUCGUUUUUGCAAACACUUCACCACGUAUACAAGUCACCGUCAAAUGAAAAGACCAUUUUGCAAUUGGUUUCCAAUGCAUUGGUGGACGAAAACAAAUGUGACCUUAAAGACGAGUUUUUGCAAAAUAUUUUACGUCUGAUUGAAGAUUGUUUUGUACGGGCUGAAGACGAAAAACAUCCGCAAAAGAAAGCAAUACGUCUUGAAAACGAAUUCUGUGAGAAACGGUCCUGCAGUUUUUAUCAUUACUGUAUUAAACAGUCGUGGGAGAAACUGAUAUUCAGUGAUGAAAUAACUGAAACUGAUAUAUAUAUGGAAGCUUCAGAGCAAUUACUGCAACAGGUUCUUCAGUACUUUUGGUCUUCGUACGGUGACAUUCGUGUAAUUACAGUUGAAAACGAUGAGAAAAGUGCUGAAGAAUCUGUAACAGAUUGUGAUGACAGUGAGUUUGCGAGUAUCAAAGAUCAUGCUGGUUGGGUGAUCAAGCGGGCAAGGGAAACGAUUUCAAAGGGUGAAAGUGACAGCUUAAAAGUAAUGGAGACGGAGGGUGGGCCAAGCGUUGUCUGUGGAGAGAAACAUAAAGCACUGGAACUGAUUUCUACAUUAGGGAGAGAUUUUAAGCAAGCUGAUGGGAAGUUUAGAUUUAUUGUUUAUGAACAUAUUGUUCCAUUUUUUCUGUUUUUACAUAACCUUAUAGAGAGUAUUAUAACCCCCAAUAUCGAACUUCAGAAAGGAAACAUUUUAAUUUAUGGCUUAGAAAAACUGGCUGCAAAUAAGGUGCUAAGAGAAAAAUGGAAAGAUCUAACAUCUCUGCCAUCUAAUGCAACAUCCGUUGUUGUCUUCCAACGGAUUGUAACUUUUUUCCUAAAAUCAAAACAGCAAAUGAUUCGCGAAAAAAGAGGGCUUAAACCCAAUAAAAAUAGCAUGGCAAUACGUCAACAACUGCGGUAUACGACAUCAUCAUCUGGUAAGCCAAAAUGCAAAGAAAUUAUUCAAUUGAGGUCUGGAAGUAUGUCAUCUGACAACAUCAGAAGUUUCUUGCAGUCACUGUCUACCUAUCCUUAUUCAAAUCGAGAAGCAAUGUUAGCAGAACUGCAGGGCAAAGAGCUGGCUAAAAUAUUAAAAUCAUUAGGGAAGCCAACAUUUUUGGGUAAGAGAAAAAGUAAGCAGAUUGAGUCAUUGCUACAGGCCAUAGAAAAAUAA